AUGCCCUUGCCCAACCUGCCUACAGAGGUCAGGCGCAUGAUACUCGAAGCUCUGGUGAAAGAUGGCCGCGAUCUGGCGUGCUUUGCUGCCGUGUCGCGAGAGUGGCAGGCAGUGAUCGAGCCACAGACAUUUAAACGGAUAAAACUCACCCCGUCACGCAUCGCCGAGCUUGAUGACAUGACCCGUCGUAAUCGGUCUCAUGUAAGGCACCUGUGGCUUUGCUUGGAAUUAGAACGCUACGAUUGUGGCACCUGUUCUGCUGAUGGUGAAGAUGAUGAAGUUCCGAUGUUCAACAACGCCGCAGACGAUCUUCUAAUCAAGACAUCCAUUCAAUCUCUUUUCUUAGUCCUGAGCUCCUGGGACCGAAGCAGCUCUGUGUCACUCGAUAUUAGUGUCUACUCAACCAGUGAUCCAGAGCAUUGGUUCAAGUAUCUCGCAUUUGAACCAGACGAUGAUGAAGACGAUGCUUCAUCGAAUCAAGGUUAUUCUCAUGUUUCACGGUUCAAUCAGGCAGUUCCAUGCGGAGUUGAUGAUGCACGACAUCGAUGGGACACUACUGGUUGGGGCAUUAUCACGGCUCAGUCUGCUGUCCAGAACGUCUUCACCCGAAUAUUGGGCGAUCCGUCAGGGGAAUUCGAGGAUGAACAGACGGACCAUCUUGAAUGGUGGAGAGAGUUACCACCGGUACCGGCCAUCACGCGUCUACUUUUGCGUCAACAAACCCGCCGGCGCUGGGAACCUGAAGCGAUUGCUGAAAUGCUCGCCCGACUUCCGAGAUUGUGUGAGCUACACUUUGAACCAUGGAGGGAGUGGGAUAACUUGCUCCAGGAAACUACAGACCUAGGUUACCUUACUCUCCUUGAGUCCCCCAGCAUUCGAAGGCUGAAUAGAUUCACUCUUUUCGAGAAUUUUAACGAGCGCUACGUGCAUGCUUACUUGGAGAUGGAUUGCUCACGCAUUCGUUCACCAAAUCUUACUCUUAGUCGAAUCCUCUCUGAGAUUAGUACCAAUUAUGAAUCUCUUUCAGCAUCAUUCAUGGUGGACGCAGAUGGUUUCUUUGCCUUGGACGAAAGUCAACCUCGAAAAACGUGGCCCAAUCUCAGACAUCUGUUCCUUACUUCACAGUUGUUGGCGCCUGAUCAAGAUACGACACGAGUUACAAAUAUGCUUCAAGCAGCAGCAAGAGUGGCCGUUUAUAUGCCAAAGCUUGAAACAUUGCAAAUUUGGAAUGGACGAAAGAAAUUUGCCGCGCUCUUCAAGUAUGAACCCGCCAAAGAACAAGGUCAGAUUUCUACCAUUACUUGGAAGGGUACUUGGGAGUUUCUUUUACAGCCUUCCGUCAUUCAAGCUUGGCGAUCUCUAGCGUCUGAGACCUCACAACAUAGAAUGAGAGUGAUUUACGAAACUAUUGGCGGCGACCAAGUACAAUGUCACGGCGAUGCGAUGCUCCUCCUAGAGCUCCCGGAGGUGGUCAUCCGACAUGUUUCGCUACGGCAAAUUCGGAAUGAACAAAUGUACAUACCACUCAAGCCACCAACCCCAAAUCACUAUAUAACAGACCCGUUCAGAACCCCUAUUCCCUCCAACUCGAUUCACCCAUCACCAUAG